AUGGGGGGAGCAACGGGGGAGGACGGGCUAAAGGAUGAAACGGCGCACGAAGCGGGGGGGAACUCAGGGAGCGGGGCGACAGCGCAUGGGGCGGGGGAGAACGCGGGGAGCGGAGCAACAGCGCACAAUGCGGGAAAGGAGGGGGGCGAGGCGGCAACAGCGCACGAGACGGGGGAGGAGCGGGGCGAGAUUGCGACAGUGCACGGGACGAUGAGGGAGGGGAUGGCGGUGCUGAUUGACGUGAACGGCGAAAAGGCGUCCUUCGCCAUGCUGCAGCGAAACAGGUGCGUCUUUCGCCAUGCUGCUGCGAAACAGGUGCGUCUUUCGCCAUGCUGCAGCGAAACAGGUGCGUCUUUCGCCAUGCUGCAGCGAAACAGGUGCGUCUUUCGCCAUGCUGCAGCGCAACAGGUGCGCCUCGCAGUUUCUCUUCCCCUCAUUCGCCGCCUCUACUGCCCCACCACACCACCCCCCAUAUUCUCUCCUCCUCCCUUUGUCCACCCUCCCCCUUUUCUUCGCUCCUUCCUCCUAACCGCACGGGUGGGCAAGCAGCAGUGCUCCCUCGCGCCCCUCAUAGGCUGCCCCUAUCGUCUAUCCCUCUUCCCCCCUUCAUCAUCUCUUCUUCCCGUGCCAACUCUUCCCCCUUUCCCCAUUCUCCCCUCCUCCCCUCCCCGCGCCCCCCUCUCCGCCCAGAACUGUGCGGGUGGGCAAGCAGCAGUGCUCCCUCGCGCCCCUCAUAGGCUGCGCCUAUCGUGUUUCCUUCGUCUCCCCUUCAUCCUCUCUUCUUCCCCUGCCAACUUUUCCCAUUUCUCCCUUCCCCCAUUCCCACCUCUCCGCCUCCCCCCUCCCCAUCCUCCCCUCCCCACCCCCCUCUCCUCCUCCCCAGCACCGUGCGAGUGGGCAAGCAGCACUGCUCCCUCGCGCCCCUCCUCAGCUGCCCCUUUUGCUUCCCCCCACUCCCCCCGCCCCUCUUCCCCUCUUCCCCCCAGCACCGACAAUCGCAAUCUGAUCGACGAUAACACGGCGCAGAAGCUAUCGGCUAAUGAGAUUGAAGCACUCAAGAGGCAAGCAGCAUCGGGCCAUGAGGUGGUGCGGGCACUGGCGGCCAACAGCGUCUCCUUCCUCUCCAAAACCGACUUCGCCCAGGAGAAGUAUCUGAGGAAGAAGCAGAAGAAGCACGCUCCCCGCCUGGUCGCCCGCUUUCCCACAGCUGACAGCGUGUGCGAAGCGUACUUCGCCAAGGCGCCUGCCAGGAUUGGUUUCCUCCGCCCUGACAGCCUGGCGAUGCUGCUAGCCAUGGCCAAUGUGGGAGCACACUCGCAGCUGCUCGUGCUGGACGGCACAGGGGGGCUCAUCACGGCUGCUGCCGCGCAGAGGAUGGGAGGCCACGGCGCCAUCUGCAGCGCCUUCUAUGCCUCGCAUGUGUCCCACGCGCCCUCCAUCGACAUCAUCCGCCAUCUCAACCUCUCGCUGCCUGCUGCCGCCAUGUAUGUCAGUGCCACCCCUCCCUCACUGCUGCCGCUGCCAUAA